AUGAAUGCUGAGUUCUUGAGUAGCGAUGUAGAAGCACAAUUCGACUCAUCUUAUAAUGAUACAGAUAAUAUAGGAGGUGCGACAGGAAAAUGCAACAGAGUCGAGAUGGUUGGUUUCAAACGAUCACGUCAUCUGGAUCAGAAAAAGUCAAAAAAGCAUUGCGACGCAUCUCUUGCACAAAAACAUGGAUCGGUUUGUUCGUCUGCGAUGCGAAAUGCAGCCACUUCCAGGUCGAUUUGCGACCCCAAGGUAUCACCAGUUCAGCCAGCUAUUUCAGAUAACAAAGUUAAAAAUUCACCUCUUCAAAAGCACAUACAACUACCCCCAAUAGCUGAUGUUGUGAAUAUCGAUAACUCAAGAAUUGGCGGCAUUGUAACAGCCCUUGUAGAUGUCAAUGAUGAAUAUCAGUCCGGUUGGAGUACCACAUACAGGCCCUCGACAUCCCCAACCAAUAUGCCAAAAAUCACUCGAGACCAGAACCAGGCUAGAAAGUAUACAGGCACGUUUCCGAGAAAGUGUACUAUACAAACUGGCACUGGCGGUGAACAUCUAAGUCAAGGUCAGCGUGUCAACACCUUGCAGCAGCACAAAGGAUUUGCAAAAAAACGAGCGAAAUCUGAGAUUGACAGCAGAAUGCGGCUAUCUUUUAUCCAGGAAUGUGAUGUCGAGCUGAGCACAACGUCUACGUUUUCAUCAUGUAGCGACCGAUUAAUACGUACAUCUUCGUUACCCACACCUUUUGUCCAAAUUGCGGAUCCUGCUAUUGUUAGCAAACUGGAAACAGAAAUUCAAUUUCAAAGCUGUAAAGAUGCACGCCGAGUGCAUUUCACACCGGAUCCAAUCAUACAUCCAACGUACGGAAGUGUGUAUGAUAGGAAAUCAUUUGGUGUGGACAAAUCGAAACUAGCAAGUUCCAUACUUGAAAUAUACCUCGAAUUGAUGCGGUACAAGAUCAAUGAGAUGGCUUGUCAUCAUAGCUCCAUCAAGUACACAAACUUCCAUUUGGCCGGUGUUCACGGUAGCCAGAGGGUUGCACUUGUGCAUAUAUUGAAAGGCAUGAUUGACUAUCAGUCGAAAUUAUUACUGCUGCCCUCGGCAGACAAUUGAAGCGCUGUUACUGAAUCAAGAAUGACCUAUUGGAAUACAAACUUUACCCAUAAUAAAGCAUAGAAACUUGCC